CCAGCUCCGUUCUCACGAUCCUCCAGGUUAGAUUCCUGCAGCAGACAUUAUUAACCUGCAAAACAAGCUUUUAUUACUGUGCAGUCAAAGGUCAGAAGACUUUGAACAGGCAGAGAACUUUUUGUUUUGGUGCAGAAAGUAACCUCGGCUUCAUUACGUUUGAGCUCUACCGUUGCUGGUUCUGGACAACGUCUCCCUGGGACCCCUCCCUCCCUCCCUCCCUCCAGGACCCCCGGGAGACAAUAAGGGAGCAGCGUUUUUUUCUCUCUUCUUCGCGGACUCGGACGGAGCGGAGAAUUUUGGCAGAGUUGGACUUUUUUGCGCAUCGGGACGGGACCCGAACGGGGGCAGCGCCUAAGCGACUUAACGGACGGCGUCUUCGGUUGGAGGUGCACGGGGGCGCCUGGUUGGAGAGCGAUGCUGCUGCACCAGGCGCCCCUCUUGCUCUUGGGAGUUGUGCUGGGGUCCUUCGUGCUUGGGACUUUUUCCGCCUCUCCUUCACACUCCCUGUCCUACUUCUACCGCCGACUCUCAGAGCACAGCCAGGAGCUGAACCAGUUCUUCAUUAGGGGCUACUUGGAUGACCAGCCCAUCAUCCGCUUUGACAGCCUCACCAGGAAGAUGGAACCUCUGGUGCCCUGGGUGGAGGAGGCGGAGAAGGAGAUGUUUCUGCCCCCUGAGUGGGUCUUCAGGGAUGACCUGGACAAGUUAUCAAAACUGGACCACCAUGCUGGAGGGCGUCACACCUGGCAGGUGAAUUUGGGCUGUGAGCUCAGGGAAGAUGGGAGCAAAAGAGGAUUUUUGCAUUUUGGCUAUGAUGGGAUGGACUUCAUCAGCUUCGACCAGGAGACCCUUAGAUGGGUAACAGCUCAGCCCCAGGCCAAGAAGGUGAAGGAGAAGUGGGAGGAGGACCCUGGGUGGUCCCGUGGAAACAAAGACUUCCUAGAGAAGACCUGCAUUGAGUGUCUGCAGAGAUACCUGUCCUACCAGAAGGAGGUUCUGCAGAGGAUUGAGCCUCCGGUGGGGAAAGUGACUCACAAGGUGGUGGAUGACAGCCUGGAGGUCCUCUUCUGCCAGGCCUUUGGCUUCUACCCCAAGGAGAUCAGGAGCACCUGGACGAGGGAUGGAGAGGUCUGCCAGUAUGAGACCCUCCUAAGGAAUGUGGCCCCCAACUCAGAUGGGACCUAUUAUGUCCUGCUCAGCAUUGAGAUCGACCCCAAGGAGAGGAAUCGUUUUCGGUGUUACCUGGAGCACGAGGGCUUGCGGGAGCCCCUGGUCUUGGCCUUGAAGGAGGAAACAGCUAUAAUAUGGUGGAUUUCCUUGGGAAUUGUGAUUGCCAUGAUCUUGAUUCUCUUCCUGAUAUGCCAGUGGUGGAGAUUUAGGAAAAAUAUAUAUGAUUAUAUUUUUUCUGAAAUGGCUGCUUUCCCCCUUGUUUAUGGUACAAAAGUGGAGAUUCAAUCACAGACAAUUCUCCAACCCCAAGUAACUGUAGAGCAUCCUGUGGGUCAUGGGGGCCUCAGAAUGCCCUCAAAGCCACUGUGUCAAAAUUGUCCAUGCAAAAACAGAAGCACCAGAGGCUCACAGGGAGGAAAUCGUGAGCUGGGAGUAUCUUUACAGACGCCGGCUGAAGCAGGAGCAACAGAGUCUGGAGUGAGAACUAUCAGCCAGACUAUGGACAGCCCAGGAUCCCUAUUCCAGUGCCCGGAAGCCUCAGAAGAUGAAGCUGUAUGUAAUGGAUGAGGAUUUUUUUAUGUUGUUUUUUUAUGUUUAAAAAUAAAAAAAAAUGGUGGGAAAAAAAGAAAGUGAAGUGUUUGUACUUUCAGUGCUUGAAAACCUGUUGCCCAUCAACGUUUACAUGGCCAGGUGUCAGGGCUGCAAGUAAUACAACCUGUUCAAUAAGAACUCUGAGGCAGACAGGUUCCUCAAAGAAUAG